GCCGCUCUGCCCGCGGCGGCCGGCCCGCUAUGGAGGGGCGACCGUAGGGGCGCUGCCCCCAGUCCUGAAACCCCUCCCCGGGCCGCCCUGCCCUGCCCUGGCCGGCGAUGGGAGCCGGGGCGGCUGCAGGCGGGACGCCGUCCCCCGCCGGGCGGACGCUGCCGGCGGCGAGGAGAGGCGAGAGCGGCGGGCUGAGGAGGGCAGAUGUGUUCCUUGCCCUGUAGAGACUUGGUUGGUUCACCUCAGACCUAUGUGACUCUGGGGGAAGGAUCAUGACUGAAGUCCUCUUCUCUGCUGCUUUGAAUGGAACUGAACCCAACCUGCUCUCCAGCAGCGGCUGGUCUGUGGGGAACGCCACCACCAAGUGUUCCCUGACCAAAACUGGCUUCCAGUUCUAUUACCUGCCCACCGUCUACAUUCUGGUCUUCAUCACUGGGUUUCUGGGCAACAGCGUGGCCAUCUGGAUGUUUGUCUUCCACAUGAGGCCGUGGAGCGGCAUCUCGGUUUACAUGUUCAACUUGGCCCUGGCUGACUUCCUGUACGUCUUGACUCUGCCUGCCCUCAUCUUUUACUACUUCAAUAAGACGGACUGGAUCUUUGGAGACAUCAUGUGCAAGCUGCAGAGGUUCAUCUUCCACGUCAACCUGUACGGCAGCAUUCUGUUCCUCACGUGCAUCAGCGUGCACAGGUACACGGGGGUGGUGCACCCCCUGAAGUCGCUGGGGAGGCUGAAGAAGAAGAACGCCGUCUACAUCAGCACCCUGGUGUGGGUGGUGGUGGUGGCUGUGAUUUCUCCCAUCCUCUUCUACUCGGGGACGGGGAUAAGGAAAAACAAAACCACCACCUGCUACGACACCACCGCCGACGACUACCUGAGAAGUUACUUCAUCUACAGCAUGUGCACCACCGUCUUCAUGUUCUGCAUCCCCUUCAUCCUGAUCCUCGGCUGCUACGGGCUGAUCGUGAAGGCUCUGAUCAACAAGGAUUUGGACAAUUCCCCCCUCAGGAGAAAGUCGAUUUACCUGGUGAUUAUCGUGCUGACGGUCUUUGCCGUCUCCUACCUUCCCUUCCACGUGAUGAAGACCUUAAACCUAAGAGCCAGGGUGGAUUUUCAGACUCCACAAAUGUGUGCCUUCAACGAUAAGGUUUAUGCCACUUACCAAGUGACGAGGGGCCUGGCCAGCCUCAACAGCUGCGUCGACCCCAUCCUUUACUUCCUGGCAGGAGACACCUUCCGCAGGAGGCUUUCCAGGGCCACCAGGAAGUCGUCCCGGAGGAGCGAACACAACGUGCAGUCCAAAAGUGAGGAGAUGACCCUCAAUAUUUUGUCAGAGUAUAAGCAGAACGGAGAUACCAGUUUGUGAGCAAGGACUUGGGAGCAGUGGGGUGAAACCCUCCACAGCGAGGAGGUGACUCUCAGUGUUUUGUCUGAGCAUAAGCAGAAGGGAGAUACCAGUUUGUGAGCAAGGACUUGGGAGCAGUGGGGUGAAACCCUCCGCAGCGAGGAGGUGACUCUCAGUGUUUUGUCUGAGUAUAAGCAGAAGGGAGAUACCAGUUUGUGAGCAUGGAUUUGGGAGCAGUUGGGUGAAACCCUCCACAAGGAGAUGACUCUCAGUGUUUUCUCAAAGCAGAAGGGAGAUACCAGUCUGAGAGCAAGGAUUUGGGAGCAGUUGGGUGAAACCCUCCACGAGGAGAUGACCCUCGAUGUUUUGUCAGAGCAUAAGCAGAAUGGAGAUACCAGUUUGUGAGCAUGGAUUUGGGAGCCAUUGGGUGAAACCCUCCACGAGGAAAUGACUCUCAGUGUUUUGUCAGAGCAGAAUGGAGAUACCAGUUUGUGAGCGCGGAUUUGGGAGCCGUUGGGUGAAACCCUCCACGAGGAGAUUGGGUGAAACCCACCACGAGGAAAUGACUCUCAGUGUUUUGUCAGAGCAGAAUGGAGAUACCAGUUUGAGAGCAAGGAUUUGGGAGCCACUGGGUGAAACGCUCCACAAGGAGAUGACUCUCAGUGUUUUAUCAAAGCAGAAGGGAGAUACCAGUUUGUGAGCACGGAUUUGGGAGCCGUUGGGUGAAGCCCUCCGCGGCGAGCCGGCAGGACGCUGUAGUGCUACAGGUGUGCGAGGAGAAUCCAACCACUCUCCGAGUCCUCCUUUUCUGCUCUUGGAGAAAGCUGAAGGCAGCCAAGUGGAAGGAUUUGAAUGGAAAAGGAAAAAAAAUCACCUGUUAAAGUGCAGCUUUCCCUUCUCCCUCACAACAAUCCUCAUUUCCUUCUGACUGGUGUCAGGCAAAAUAAAAUGAAGUCAAUCCCCUGAAGGAAGAAAGCAAUCCAAGUGCUUCUCUUUUAAUGGCUCAGUCUCCCACGUUCAAAAGGGGGGGGGGGGAGGGGCAGAAAAAAAAAGUCCUCAAAUCAUCUUCUCUUUAAAAAUAGGAAAUCAAAAAGAACCUGAGGGCAAAGCAGCGUCUGCUGAGGCCCAGGCCGCAGGAGGCUGGCCCGGGGCUGGUGAUGGGUGUUGAGAUCAAAGUCACGCUGCUGUUAUCUCACCUCUGCAGUUUUGUCCUUUCCUCAUCCUCUUCUCGGUGUUGGUAGUUGUUUGGUAGUUUGGGUAGCAAGUGGUGAUGCAGUCUGCUCGGAGUGCCGGUGUCGUACGCAAGGUAGGCUUACCCCCCUCUGCAUGAUCUACGCUUUCGGAGUGCAAAUGGUUUGUUCAUGGAAAAAACACAAAAAUCUGGAUUCCCAACACCCCCCCCUCCCCCUUCGCGGCAGCUUGGCUUGCAGGGGAGCUGGCCCCCCUCAGCCAGCCCCCGGCAGACGGAUCAGCAGGUCCCCAGGAGCAGGUGGAGCUGCCUCGGUGAGCGAUGUGGUUCUGAUCGUCCCACCCUGCCUUCCGCGCCGGGCAGCCGGGACGGGGCUGAGCACCCAGCUGGCUUGCUGGAGGUGCUGACUGCCCCUUCCCUAGGGCUGGCCACCGUCCUGCUGCAGCACCAACAGGAGCCUGGCUGGAGCUCUCUGUGGGUUAAAAGGAGAAAGGCGUGCGCUGAAGUGACCUCCGCCGUUCAGACGAGCGCCAGGGGACCCGCGCUUUCCUUCGGUGCCGGACCGGAUCUGCUCCUGGCCUUCUUUCCAGAGGGAUAACCUGAUUUUGAAAUGGAUUACAUAGAAAAUAACUGGGGGGGGGGAAUUCAUUACUUUAUUUUUUCUGGGCACUGUGACAAAUAGAUUCCUGACUUUAUGGAGCUGUUGCAAUCCGGGGACUAAACCUCAGCCCUCCUCCAACUGUGGGAAGAGGGUACCCGGACCGAGCCAAACCGCAGCGUUGUGCCGGAGGAGAGCUGCUGCUCGGAGCACAGAUGAAACAGUCCAUGGGCUCACAGGGUUUUCUUUUCCUUUUUGGUUUGUUGGGG